UUUGUUUUGUUUUUUUUUUGCCGUUUCAGUGGAAAUACUUAUUUUUCACGCGUUUUUAGGUUCCGUUCCGAAGGCAGAACGAGGACAUAUUUUCUACUUUUUUUUUUAGGAUUUAAAAUAAAAAAUAUAUAAUUUAUAUAUAUAAAAUUAUUAUUUUUCAAAGUUGGGUUUGUGUGUGAGUUUUGUCCCGUUGCCAUGGAGAACGCGGGCCGUCACUCAGCGGCGCGCGACGUUCCAAACCCGUUUGUGCACGAGCUGCAACUCAGCGGCGCUCAGAGGAUCAAGGGGAUCAUCCUCGGCAGCAUCCUCACCCCGAUCCGCAUCAUCCUGGCGAUCCUUGCUUUUAUCAUCAUGUGGUUUUUUGCCCUGCUGCGAGUAGUCGGCCUGUCUGAGGAGGAGCUUUCUCGACCCAUCACGGGCUGGCGGCAGUGGGUGUUCCACCCCAUCGUCCUCCUGCUGAGCCGAGCUGUCUUCUUCUUCGCAGGAUUCCUGUGGGUGAAGGUGAAAGGACGCAGGGCGAACUUAAAAGAGGCCCCCGUGCUGGUUGUGGCCCCUCACAGCAGCUUUCUGGAUAUGCUGGUUCUCUGUCCAACCCAGCUGGCAAUGGUGAUGUCGCGAUCGGAGAAUGCCAGCCUGCCCGUCAUUGGAGCUCUGUUGAAGUUCAACCAGUCGUUGGUGGUGAGCAGGCAGGACCCCGAGUCCAGGAAGAAGGCGGUGACGCAGCUCAAGGAGAGGUUGUCUUCCAACGGCUACUGGCCUCAGAUGCUGAUAUUUCCUGAAGGAACCACGACAAACGGCAAAGCUCUCCUCAAAUUCAAGCAUGGCGUGUUCCUCGCCGGAGUUCCAGUCCAACCUGUUCUGCUGCACUACCCCAACCAGCUGGACACCGUCCGCUGGACUUACAAAGGAACAUCCUGGUUGGAGGUUGUUUGGCACACCACGUCACAGCUCUACACCAACAUGACCGUUGAGUUUUUACCAGUUUACGAGCCUUCAGACGAAGAGAAGAACAACCCCGGUCUGUACGCAGACAAUGUGCAGAAAGUCAUGGCCAAUGCGCUUGGAAUUCCAGCAACAGACUAUGUGAUGGAGGGCGACGUUCCUGUCAGGAAGCUGGGCGGUCUGUCCAUCCCGCUGGAGCUGCCAGCCAGAGAAACCCUCACAUUGCUCCACAGAGACGGUCUGGGAGCGUCUGACGUUGCAGCAGCCCUUGACAAAAUGACUGACAGGUGUCAGUUAGAAGGUCAGAGUUCAAAGGUUGAAGUGGAGGAACUUGCUGCAGUUCUUGGACUCUCAGAGAUGCAGACAGCCAACACGAUCUUUGGUCUUUACUCCAAGAGUCAAACUGUGGACCUCAGACAGGUUUGCCUUAGUGUUGCUGCUCUCUCAGAAUGCAUCAGCGUCAAGUCGCUCCUUCACACCGCCUUCACCCUGUUCGACAGCGAGCGCAGAGGCAGUCUGACUGUAGCAGAGCUGUCGGACCUCAUUGGGGCGCUGUUGGGUGUUCCUCAGCGCCACACGGAUGAGCUUUAUACCGCAGCCUCCAUAGAUGGCCGGCUGAUUGAAGACAACCUACUGCGAGUGCUGACGAGCCACCCGACAUACCAGCGAGUGGUCAGUGAGUACCUGCAGCUAGAGGCGGCGCCACUUAGUCCUCUGACCAAUGGGAAAGCAGCGGAAAAUGGCAGCGGGUCCCUCCCACCCAACAAGAAGUUUGAGUAAAGAUUUUUAUCAUCAGACAUUUUCUGUAUUUCUAGACUCUCAGGAUGGAUUCAACCGGAAUAUCGGAGCAAGGAUUUCAGUCUGAACAGUUCCGUGCCGAGCGUCCAUCACGCUGACAGCAUUAAAAAAAAAAAAAAAAAAAAAAAGAGAGGAUUUUAACUUCAGAUGUUAAAGUGAUCUUUGAUUGUGAGUCUUUUUAA